CUUCACUAGUAUCGUUGUCAUUGUACAGAGCGGAGCGAGGCUCCUUCGUCGUUGUGUUUCCUUUUAUCGUUAUAUCGUUUUCUUGCUAAGAUCGUUCGGUGCCGUGUGGUAUAGCGGCAUCGCCUUGGUAUAUCCAUUCCUGAGAUCCAUCGAUCACAACCCGGUUCCUGUCGCAGGGAACAACGCACGUACGCCCCCCUUUACAACAUGAGAAGUCACGUGGUCUAGUAAAUAUCUUCACCGCACAGUUAGAUCCUGACUGAAGCUCUUCGAGCUACGUCUUGUCUAUUGAGCCUGCCUGCACCAGCCCGUCCUGCAGUUAGAACCUGAUAGAUAGAGAUCCCGUAGCUAAUCCGAGUGUCGACUACUUAAUCAAUCUGUUUUUGACUACCUGCGAGCCCGCACCUUGACAGAAUCCAUUGAAAGGCAAUUGUAUCAGUUAUAUAGCCAUUUUCUGAUACUCCAAUUAAAUAGUCUUGUUAAAUAUCAGUAGCUUUAAACCAAUUUGUAAGUAUACAGCUACCACUUAUAAGAAUAAGUGGUGGGCAGGUCCAGCUAUCUGUAUUGACUGCAAGGCUACCGUAGGGGUCGGUUAUAUAGAAAUGCGAUUGUUUUGUUGAUUCAGGCCCUUGAAUUUAGCCCGUGGGCAGGAAUUGGCAAGCGGUGGCCCGCUUGUGGGUUUGGCCCACUCGUAGGUGAAAUACGUUAACUAGUUAACUAACUACAACAAUAAUACCACAUGAUAUCGCGGAUAAAUACCACUCCGUCCCCGAGCGGAAGUAGAAGGCGGUGACCCAUAAAUCGAUCGUCGGCAGCUUCUCCGUACGUAACGGAGUAGAUAGCUGGCCUAGUUACGCUGCCUCGUACGGAGUCAACCCCCCGAGUAAGUGUCAAGUCUGUUUAUCCUCCCCUAACUUAAGCACACUCUGACGCGUUUUAAUUUUCUGCAGUAUUGGGUAUUUACUAUUCGUUUUUGUUCAGGCGCUCGUUCACCGUGCUAGACGAAAAUGCACCUCGUUCCUUGGGAUCUCGUGAUCUCCGCCGCUUGACCGUCAUGGGACAUCAUACCGAAAUUCAUGUUUGGGUAGAAUGGCCCUUAACCGUCGAGAUUUGGUCCUUUCGGGCAUUGGGGCGCUCGUUUCUUGGGGCUUAGUGACACACUGGUUUCCUACACUCCGAUAUGUCGGAUACGCCCUCUUUACGGGAGCCAUACUCUCCGCAGCUGCUCUGCUCGGCCUCGUGAUUUUGACGGCUCGCAAACAAGAUAGGAAGCUGCCUAAUUGCUCCAGGGGACCCUCUGUUGCGUUCAUUUCUCCUGAUCACUGGUCGAAGGAAGUAGAGAAUAUACAUAAGAUCUCCGCAUAUCAGCCAGACUCCCUGUACCCUCAAUCGUUCGUUGUGUCCGAAAGCAUAGAUGAAAUUCUUGCUCUUCUUACGCGCGAUUUUGUUUCGUCCUGGUACCGGUCCAUUAGUCCCCGACCAGCUUUCGUGAACGAAGUGGACCAUGUAAUUCGAACAGCAGCUGCAGGUAUUCGAGAUAGACUGUUGACGGAGGAUCUAGUCGCAUUCACAGUGUCGCGAAUAUUUCCAAUCCUGAUGACGCACCUACGCGAGUUCGACAUAGCGGAGCGAACAGUCCGCGGACGGAACCUUACCCGAAAUGUCACAGAAUCCGAAGAACUCAAUCUUGCUAUUGCCAGCAAAUAUCGUGAUGGGAAAGUACAUCCCGCCGCAUCUCUCUCGGCCUCCGACCAGAACUCGGUAAAACAGGACUAUCUGCGCAGGAUUGCCGUUGGUUUGAUGCCAAAACUGUUGCCGGAGACUGUUCUGAAGAGUCGUAUUGUCUCUGUGUUAGUUAGAGAAAUCAUUUCUUGCGCGGUGCUCUUUCCCGUUGUCACGAUGCUAUCAGAUCCCGAUACCUGGAAUCAGCUGAUGGAAGCAUAUGGGCGGACUGCUUUACAGGAUCGCAAAACCGUGCGGAAGCUUCGAGCAGCGUUGGAUGAACAUGCAUCUCCUGUCUCGAAGUCGAAGCGUAAGCAGGUUUUCCCAAGACUUGCCCCAAAUGAUUCAGAAAGAGCGUUUGAACGAUUCAUCAGAGCUAUCAGACGCUGUAACAAUAUUUCCGACGCUAGGCGGUUUAGGGCACUUGUUGCUAGCCAGCUGAAGAAGGAAAGCAUGGUGGAUAACCCGAAUCAAGUCUAUAUUCGGCGUCUAGAGACAGGAAAGAGAGUUCUUGAUCAAAAGGUAGCUAAGCUAUCAGCAGCAGGAGAUAAACCCUCAGCUAUUCCUUCAGCGCAGGAGUUGCACCACAAUGGUUCAGUGUCCCAUGAAACUGGUUUAAUCGACCUGUUGCAUAAUGCUUCUGGGCUCUCUUAUUUUAUGGAGUUCAUGGAUCGCCAGGAACUCAUGUCUCUUGUCCAAUUCUGGGUCGUUGUUGACGGGUUUCGGAAUCCGCUGGAGGAUGAUUUUGGAGAUGAAGUGUCUUCAAGCUCGAUUACCUGGACCGCAACAGACAGGAAUGACAUGGCCCUAAUGAGUGAAACCUACCUGUCGAAACCAGAACUCAAAGUUUCUGAAGAAUCUCGCCGAAUAGUGAAGUCUUUUCUUAGUGCUGGGAAGCGGGCAACGCCGGAGCAGUACCGUAAAGCCCGGACCGUCAUCUUAAGCACCCAGUCUGCCGUGCUAGAAGAGUUGCAGAAUAUAUACUACCCGAGAUUCAAGCAAUCAGAUCUAUUCUACAAAUACCUUGCGUCGGAUGAAGCUUCCAGUACCGUAUCCCACUCUUCAACCAAUCGAAACAUGAACCGAUCCAAUAACUCCGAAACUCCAGAGAGGCGACCACUACCGCCGUUGAUGAGUCGCACGACCAUUUCCUUGGGCCCUACGAAGUCAAAAGAUUUGAGAAAAGCGGCCGUUUCGUCGAGCGAAACGCGGAGCAUGGGAAAGAUCUUAGAUGGAGAUAUUUCUCCUAGGCGUUCAUUGGAUUCUGAACAUUCAGCCCCUCUAUUUGAUGAUGAAUAUGACACAGAUCCCCUUGCAAUGUCCACCCAGAGUCUUGGUAAAGAUUCACAGAAUGGUGAUAAUGAGGCUAACCAAAGCAGAGUCAUUGAAACACUGGAGGCUGCUUUGAAUGACAUCAUAGCGAACGAGCCAAAAAAUGGGAAAGUGGAUGAAUUGAGAGCCAGUGAUUUAUCUGCGCCCGGGUUGUUUGGUGAUUCCCCUCGCGGUUCAUUGGAGUCUCAUCGAACUGAAACUCGCACUGAUGAGAGAGCGAAACCAAGUAUUGCGUCCCUCGGUCUCGUAGACGAGUCCCCUCGGCGCGGCGUCUUUGAUGAUGACCUUUUUCCAGAUCAGCGCAAGUUCAUCGAGGAUGAAUACGAAGAACCAGAGGAAACAGAAGAGAAUGACCCAGCUGACGAAGUUCACGAAGCUGCUCCUGGGGACCUCGGUUUAACGGAGGCAAUUGAGGCCCUGACUAUUGAUAUCGAGAAGCUCAACUCACAAGACUCAGUGGUGGAUGCACUGACCCGAAAAGCGGAGUUGACGAACAAUACUGCGGAAUUACGGAUAUUACGAAAAUCAAAGGCGAGCAUCCAGCAUGAGAUCCAUCGCAAAGAGAUGCAACGGCAGCAGUACAUCAUUCAAGAAAGUGACAACAGCCUAUAUGGGAGGUCUUCCAUCAAGAUAAAGUCCAUCGUAGUCGGCAAAGAGGAGGACGGCCAUGAAUUCGCCAUGUACGUCAUCGAGGUACAGAGAGACGCCGGAGAGCAAAUGCCGGCUGCCUCCUGGGCAGUCGCACGCAGAUACAGUGAGUUCCAUGAACUUCACCAGAAGCUGCGUAUGAGGUAUCCCUCAGUCCGUCAGCUAGAGUUCCCCCGGAGACGUAUGGUCAUGAAGUUGCAAAAGGAAUUUUUGCGGAAACGGCGUCUAGCACUGGAGACGUACCUGCAGAAGCUUCUACUUCUUCCCGAAGUAUGUCGGAGUCGCGAUCUCCGGGCUUUCCUUUCCCAGAGGGCUAUAGUUCCGCGCGAUGAAGCCCCCAACGAAAAUGAGGCCAAAGAUCUUGUGACGCGGAUCUACAAUUCAGUUGCGGACGGCAUGGAUGACUUUCUUGGGAAUUUCGGCGUUCUUGAUCAGCUCUCGAGUGCAGGUCAGAAUCUCAUUUCUGCCGCCACGCAGCAAUCUGCGGCAGCACCCGACCCCGCGCUGGCCUCGGAGGAUGAAGUGACGGCUGCAGAAGCGGAAGCGGAGCUGAAUGCGUUUGAGGACCGUGAACUAGAGCCAUUUAUCAAACCGAUCUGCGAUCUGUUCCUAGAAGCAUUUGAGCUCAAUAAGGGGAACAACUGGCUACGAGGACGCGCUGUGGUCGUUGUCCUUCACCAACUCCUGGGUGGAACGAUCGAGCGGAAAGUACGCGAGAGUGCGCGGUCGUUUGUCCAAGACGAGUCUUUGCUCCGCUACAUCUCUCUAGUGAGGGACAGCAUGUGGCCCGGGGGAGUAUUGCGGGAAACGAAAGCCCGCACGGCGUCGGAAAGAUCGAAGAGUCGAACAGAAGCCAGUGUGGUCCUUGCGACGUUAAUACCCGAUUUGGCAGGGAAUGUUGUUGGGAGAGCGAAUGCUCAAGGGGCCGCACGGAGGAUCUUCGCGACGUUGAAUAACCAACAACUAAAUUCGCAUCUUGUAUUUACUAUUUUGGAUGAGAUUGUGCUGGUGCUUUUUGGCGCUGGUGACGCGGGACGAAUACGAUAA